GCCUCAAUCGACAAGCUUCACUUGGAGAUUUCUGUAUCCAUCGCGAGCAUGUCGGACUCAGAGGAAUAUGAGUAUGAAUACGACAGCGACGAGCAGUUCGACAGCGACGAUCAAGGCUCAGCCAUCGAUGGUGAGGAUGGCGAGGCCGCGCAGCAACGUAACGCCGCUCGCGAGGCGCAGAUCGCGCUGGAAAACACGUUCUAUGAGGCAGAGGACUUUCGUCAGCGCGGAGACCUGACGCAGGCGCUUGAAUAUUUCCAGCGCGUUGUGGCAUUGGAGAAGGAGGCUACUCCACUUGAAGAGCGCAAGUGGAGCUUUCAAGCGCUAGAACAUGUAGUUAAAAUCUGCGUAAGCCGUCGGCAAUGGGAGGAGAUGCUGCGCAACUACGAGCAAAUGCUGGAGCAUUUGGCGUUCGUUACGAGGAAUGAGAGCACGGAAUCGAUCUCGUCUAUCCUCGACGUGGUCUCCAGUGCCACGGGUAUGGAGAAGGAGAAGGACAGCGCUAAAUACACGUCCAAGAUGUACGAACUGACACUUGACAAGCUCAAGGACGUCAACAACGACCGACUCUGGUUCAGCAUGAACGUUAAAUUGGGCAAACUCUAUCUAGAUAUGCAGCAAUUUGACCAACUGCAGAAGCUACUCAGUCAACUUUACGACUACUGCCAGACACCAGACGGUGUUCAGGACCACUCGAAGGCUACGUCGCUGUUGGAAGUCUACGCGUUGGAAAUCCAGCUGUGCGUCGCGACCAAGAACAGUGCCAAGAUGCGCCUCAUCUACCCGAAGACGCUGGAUCUGGACGCUGCAGUCGCUGAUCCGCGAAUCAUGGGAGUGAUUCGUGAGGAAGGUGGUAAAAUGUACUUGGAAGAGAAGGAAUGGAUGCUGGCCUACAACGAGUUUUUUGAGAGCUUCCGCAACUAUCAGGAAGCGGGUAACGCCCGUGCGAAGCAGUGUCUUAAGUAUGUUGUACUAGCCAACAUGCUGGCGAGUUCAGAUAUCAAUCCGUUCGACUCGAGAGAAGCCAAGGUCUAUCAGGACGUGGAGGAAAUUGGUGCGAUGUUGCUAUUACGUGGCGCUUAUGAAGCCAACGACGUUGUGCAGUUCGAGAAGAUCCUGAAGAAUCCCAAGUACAAGCUCUUGAGUGAUCCGAUCAUGAAGCGGUAUCUGAACCCGCUGCUGCGCAAUAUUCGCUGCCAAGUUAUGAAGAAGCUCGUGCGUCCGUACCAGGCUAUUCGUAUUGACAGUCUUUCGAAGAGUAUGAACAUCACCUCGGAGGACGUCGAAGACAUUGCCGUUGCGCUGAUUCAGAACCUCGAGUUGGACGCCAAGAUCGACCAGAGUCGAGGUCUUCUAGUGCUGCAGACGCGACAAAAAGCUCGAGAUGCUAGCAAGAUGUACGACUCUUUGGACCGAUGGACUCGAGCGCUUGCCUCGACGCACGCGACGAUCGCUGCACGUGUGACGGCGCAUCCAUAAGUUCGGUGGCGUCAAUACAAGUUAAUUUCAGUGCUUAUCACGUUGGUGUGGUUAGAGCCAAUGACAGCCGAAAUACAGAAGCUCUAUCUAUUGCUCGUCUAUCAGGCCACUGUCUUGCAGUCAUUAAGCAAGAAGGCAUUGAGCAUUGUGCUCCUUGAUAUAGGCCAGCACUGCCUCGUCAGAGGCAGUGGACGGCGCCACCUGGUACAGAGUGCGAGACGCCAGUGCAGUGAGGGAAGCAGAGCUAGACACAACCAGCGUCUCGCAGUUGCGAGUUUCGAUCCGAUGAUCAGCAUUCGCACCAACUUCCAUCGAAGAGAUCACCUUGAAUGCUGAGAGUAGCGCUUGUGUUGACGGCACUGUGUAGUUUGUGACGAUACUGACAUUCUCAGCACCCACGAGCGACGCCAACGCACUGAGCAGCUCACGGCGCUGGAUCGAUGCAUCAGCUGGGACGUCUACAACCUCGUCAUUACUCGUUGUCCCAAGCAAAGUGUCCAAGUCCACGAGUACGAAUAGGAUAGGCACCGAGAGCGGUUUGGCAAAGAAUCGCACUGUGGGGUUGGCGAUCACGUGACGACUCUGAAUGAGCUUCAAGUCGCAGUCUUUCCCGCCAAGUUUUAACGUGAUACGAAGCACGUCCUGGAUGGUUGAAAUGACGUUCUCAAGAGCGCGUUUAAAGUCGUCCGGGAAGCGGUAGAGCCAAGCCAGUAGUAGUGCUGCGAACAGGUCACCUGUGCCGGUGUAGUAGCUGUCAAUCCACGGGAAACGCACCUCAUACUGCUCACAGCGGCCGCCAGUAAUGACCUUGCUGCCAAUAACCACCAAUUCCUUCGGUGUCUCGUCCUCGGAGGCCUCUUGGAAGCUACUGAUUACCACGACCUUCGGGCCUAGAGUGUGGAGUUUCUUGCACGCACGCAUAGCGUCCUUUACUGUACGGAGCUCCAUCUCGGCCAGCAGCUCACACUCGUACUGGUUCGGUGUCAAGACGUCGCAAAUCGGUAGCACCUUGGAGCGGUACAUGUCCACUGUAAAGGUCUACAGUUAAUAUUAUCCGUUCAAUGCCCAUAUACUUAAUCCCACGUACCGAGCUCCAAGGGCACGUAGAGUUUGCC